AUUAGUACGCAGUUCUUUUUCUAUAUAAUUUUGGUAUUGUAGAGAGAUAAUUGUCCUAGGAAAUCUUAGGAUUAUAUGAUUAAAAAAUUUGGACCUAUAAAAAUGUGCCUGAAAGGCAUUGCAAAAAAACUUAUGCUCAAGAUUUCAGUUGUCGAAUGAUUUCAUUGCUUUCAGAACAUCCUCGAUAUGCCUGGCAUUCAAGUUGAAAGAAAUUAGUUUUAGCUAUCUAGCAACAACUAUAAUUAUUUUCGAACAUGAGAAAUGAUUGAUUAGACUUCUGCUGAAAUUGAUUGAAUUCUAUCACUUGUAGAUUUGUUAAAGGUUAUGAUAAUUGGCUCUGACUCUGUCAUGAGAUUUAAAUUUAUUUUGUUUGAAAAUGAGCUGGAAACAAGCUAUAUUGAACAAUACUUGUAAUCUCCCUUCCGACCUCUUUUUAUUAUAUUUGGGAAUCGACUGAAGAUGAUCACUAUGGCCAUAGCCGUGGGCUUAUGCACCACUUAACAUCUUCUUCGCGUUCGUCAAUUUGAAGAAUGUCAUAUUGUCCCCAAAUCAUGGUUGACUAUGUGGUAUCUUUUCCUCAGCAUCUGAUUUUUCUGACUUGAGUUUAAAAGAAAAAGAAAUUACCAUGAUGGGGUCCAUUCACCGCAGUGGACUUUCUAGGAAAACAAAUGAUAGCGCCAGGCUCGUUGUCAGUACUAUUCUGGGAGUUGUGUUUGGAUUUUUUAUUGGCAUCUCAUUUCCAUCAGUUUCUCUUAUCAAGGUUGUACCUUCAGGUGUUAUUUCAUCUAUCAAUAUACCCUCUUCCGAUAAAAAUGUUCAUGCUCCAAAAAAUCCUCGUGGUGCAGAGUUAUUACCUCCAGGAAUAGUUGUGCCAGAAUCUGACUUUUACUUGCGCAGACUAUGGGGUGAGCCUAGUGAGGAUUUACAGAAAAAGCCAAAGUACUUGGUUACGUUUACUGUCGGUUAUGAUCAGAGGAAUAACAUCAAUGCAGUUAUUAAAAAGUUUUCGGAUGAAUUCACAAUUAUGCUUUUCCACUAUGAUGGUCGGGUGAGUGAAUGGGAUGAAUUUGAGUGGUCAAAAAGUGCAAUCCAUGUCAGUGUAAGAAGACAAACAAAAUGGUGGUAUGCAAAGAGGUUUUUGCAUCCUGAUAUUGUUGCUUCUUACGAUUAUAUUUUCAUAUGGGACGAAGAUCUUGGAGUGGAGCAUUUCAAUUCAGACAAGUAUAUUGAGUUGGUUAAGAAACAUGGUCUAGAGAUCUCUCAACCAGGUCUUGAACCCGACAAAGGACUUACAUGGCAGAUGACGAAGAGGAGAGGUGACCGAGAAGUUCACAAGGUUACAGAAGAGAAAUCAGGUUGGUGUGGCGAUCCACAUUUGCCUCCAUGUGCUGCUUUUGUGGAAAUUAUGGCCCCUGUGUUUUCCAGAGAGGCUUGGCGCUGCGUCUGGCAUAUGCUUCAGAAUGAUUUGGUACAUGGAUGGGGAUUGGAUUUUGCUCUCAGAAGAUGUGUAGCGGAGCCUGCACAUGAAAAAAUUGGUGUGGUUGAUUCACAGUGGAUUGUUCAUCAAGUAAUCCCUUCUCUUGGUCGACAGGGGAGUUCUGAGAAUGGGCAAGCUCCAUGGGAAGGGGUUAGAGCAAGGUGCAAAAAUGAAUGGUCUAUCUUUCAGACUCGACUUGCCGAUGCGGAUCAGGCAUAUUACCUCUCUCAGAUUAGUAAGAAAUGAUGUUUGCGUCCACGAGCAUCCGUGCCUGAGUUAAUCUUUAGGGCUCUAUUAGAUUUGAAUCUUUCCUUGGAUCCCUCGCUCACGACUGUGAGACCACUCCUGAGCCGCUUUAGAAUUUCUCACAGUUGCACUCCAGGGUAAUUUUACGAAAUUGUAGGACAUUCAUAGUUUACAGGAAAAGAAAAUUUUGUCAAUUCAUUUAUAUUCCCAUUUCUUUUUAUGUUCUUUCUUUAACUUUUGCUAGUUUAUAAUGCAUUUACCUUGUGGGAUUUAUGUCAAGAGACUGAAGACCCCCUUGGUCAGGUCUCGGUACUGUAAAUAUGAUUUUCUACGAUUUUGCUGCUAAGCAUUUUAUAGAGUAUAUACGGUUGCCUCCUUA